CAUUUCCUGUCAAAAGAGUCAAAAGAGGUUAAAUUCUGGUAAACAUUUUAAAAACGCCGAUGUGUUCGAAAACUACUUCCUAAAAAUGUUUCCGCGAUUGUUCUACAAUAACUUUCGUCGACUGAAAUUGCAUCCAUUACCGAAUUGUUUGCUGAAUGUACCUAAUGCACACACCAACACCUUAGUUCAUCCGAUUUUACUCCAGCAAAAUAUUGCAAAAUUUUCGCUAUCCAGACCGCAGGCUACGAAAAAAACUGAACUCAAAACUCCAACCGAUAAAAAGACAUCGAGAUCAGUAACAGACGAUGAUGGCGACGAACAGUCGUACUUAAAGUUGUUAAAUGAUCCGGAUACCUUUGGUAGCAGUCGUGACGAUGUUUAUUUUAAAGAAUCAGUUGAUGCCGGUGAUAUUGCCGAGGAUGAGUUCAUUGAGAAUCCAGUCAGUAAAAAAAAGCGACUGAGCACGAAACAGUAUGCCGACAUGAUCAAGGAUCAUUUGUCCAACAAACGUAUAAAGGAGGCAAUCGACGUACUAGAGAUUCGAAUGAUUAAGGAAGAUCGAGUAAAGCCGGAGAAUUACAUUUUCAAUUUAUUGAUUGGUGGAUGUGCGCGCGUAGGCUAUUCCAAGAAGGCAUUCAAUUUGUUUACAAAGAUGAAGCAGAGAGGCUUAAAGGUGACUGGCGGCACAUAUACGUCUCUGUUCAAUGCAUGUGCAACGUGUCCUUGGCCUCAGGAUGGUCUGAACAAAGCUAGACGUUUGCGUGAGAUUAUGCUGGAGAAGGGCUACGAACCGAACGCAUCGAACUACAAUGCCAUGAUAAAAGCAUUCGGACGGUGCGAAGAUAUAACAACGGCAUUUCUGUUGGUAGACGAAAUGAAAUCGAAGGAUUUGGAAAUUCAAGUGGAAACGUUUAACUUCUUGUUGCAAGCCUGCAUUUCAGACGUCGAUUACGGGUUUCGUCAUGCGUUGAUAGUGUGGCAUAAAAUGUAUCAGCGCCGCUUACUGCCGGAUAUGUAUUCAUUCAAUUUGAUGCUGAGAUGUGUUCGUGAUUGCUCUAUUGGCGAUAUUGAGACGAUGCAACAGGUCAUUUCGAAUAUUUUACUCGGAAGUAAAGUGGACAGCGACAAGCAAUUGAAAAUCAACGACGGUCAACAGUUACUCAUCGAAUCGAAAUCAGAUUCUGACCAAACACGACAGACAACCGAACUAAAUGAAACUGUCGACUCAGUUGACCAAGCGCCCAACUUGGUUACACGUUUCCCGCAUUUAGGCAGUUUGGUUGUGUUGAAUGAAGUAAAAAAGCCAGAAGAUCGUUUGCUGCUAUUAGGUGGAGCAAAAGGUAUUCUGAAUGAAAUGGAAAAACUUAAAGUUCAUCCGGAUGUGAAAACAUUUACCGCACUGCUGGACAUCAUUCCAUCAACGAAUACGGCUGAACAUCAACUCAUCGAAACAAUUCGUAAGCAAAAGAUCAAAUGCGAUGUUGACUUCUUCAACAUUCUCAUCAAAAAGAGGAGCAUGCGAAUGGAUUAUGAUGGAGCAAAGAGUGUGUUGGACAUGAUCCGAAUAGCUGGACUGGAACCGGAUAUUGUAACAUAUGGUGUAUUAGCUUUGGGCUGCCGGAAUGUUCAAGAAGCAAGGGAUCUCCUCACCGAAAUGGACAUCAAAGGAGUAAGAAUGAACAUCCAAAUUCUUGGAGCGAUGCUGAAACAAGGUUGUUAUAGGCGCGAUUUUCCGUACAUAAUCGAAAUUAUGAAGAUAACCAAAAAUGAACGAUUGAAGCCGAACAAACAGUUUCUGGAGCAUAUCGAUAAAUUCAACUAUCACUGCUACAACAUACUGAAAAGGCCAACUGACAAUCCAACAAGAAGAGCCGAAUUCGAAGCUGAUUUCAAAAAUUUUAGAUUAAAACUCAAGCAAUGGAAAGAUUUUAUGGGCUUGAACGUAAAGCUGGAUGAAGCAGUUAAAAUAGUUGAAGAGCACCCGUGGGAACAAUUUCAAAGUGUUCAAAGCGACGGUGCAGAAGAAGUAAAACAUCCGAAAUUGAGACGAAAACAAAAACUGAGCAGAGACAUCAAACGGUUAACACCGAGAAAGUUGGGUAUCGAUGACGUUGGUAGUUUGACUACAAAGUAGAUGGAACCGAAAUUGUUAGAUUGAAUAAAUGUUCUUGCUGAUGCAUUAAAAUCGUA